AAGUGAUAUCAUUCCGUUCCUGUUUGUAGAAAGUUGAAUACGAAGAGUUUAGUCGAUAUUUAGAAGUGCGUAGAAUGUUUUGUAAAAUCACUGUUGUUACAAUAUUGCUGGGAUUAUUUGCAAACCAUGGCAGAAGUGCGUUGAUGUCUCCUACUUGCCCACGAGGGGAUUACCAAAAAGAAUCACCAUCUGGCCAAGAACAUCUUGCUGCGUGUAAGCAAUAUACGUGUAAUAGUUGUUGCUUUGAAAAUAUCACCACUCAACUUGCAAUCAUGCCGAUUCAGCAAGUUGGUAAACUAAACUAUAAUCAGUGCGACAAACUAACUGAUGCUUGUUCCACCCAACAUACAUAUCUACAAUGUUUGUACCAAUGUUCACCCAAUCUAUACCCGUGGAUGAUCGAAAGUACAAGAAAGUUAAUAGCCAUUCCACUGUGUGCGUCGUUCUGUGACCAAUGGUUUAUGACUUGCUCGGCUGAUAUGACGUGCGCACCCGGAGAGGGAAAUUGGAAGACUGGUUUAAACAAAGGUUUUGAUGCAAGUGGAAAUCCAGUAAAUCCGUGCAAACCCGGAGUGAUGUGCAGGAAUUAUACAGAAACUUACGGUAGCGGAGAAGGGCUUUGCAACAAUAUAUGGGGAACCUUGUUUAAAUACAGCACAGAUACAAAAAAUUGCAUUGAUCCAUCGAACCCAACUCAUAACUCGGAAGUUGUCAAGUCGAUCAACUCAAGCUAUACCACUAGCAUCUGCAGUAAAACGGAAGAUUACACGGAUAUAGGAAUGAUCAUUGGUAUUGUGUUUGGUGUUCUUGGUGGAAUCUUCCUUAUAGCAGCUGGUAUUGCUUUCUACAUGAGGCAAAAGAAAAACAAAAAACCAGCUGGUAAGUCUGCACCCGCUAAACCCACAAGUGAAGAAAUGUCAACAUUAAGAGUCCAACCCAGCGCAGAUACUCCACCAAACACGAGAGAAGGAAGUGACGUAGCCGAAGAUUGAGACGGUUGAAUGAACGCAUAGCGUGUGACGUAACUGCCCAAGUUUAUAAUGUUUGUAAUUUCCCCGUGUGACGAUGAAAUAAAAUUAUUUGAGAUGCCGUGCUAUGUAUUAUAUAUAAACAUUAUUUACUUUACUUCGCUUUGCAUAAAAAAUGUGAAUGCUUUGGAAUAAAGAUAUAAUCAU